CCAGAACCUCACACGGGCCAAGAUGGCGAGCGGAGGAGUGUCCGUGGCUUCGCUGUGGACUGAAGUGAACCGCUGCGGGCAGAAUGGAGACUACACCCGGGCCCUGAAGGCUCUGACUAAAAUUUUGCAGGAUAACAGGGAAGAUGUGACGGCUCUUCAGUGUAAAAUCGUUUGCCUUACUCAGAACGGCAGCUUCAAAGAGGCUCUGAAUGUAAUGAACACUCACACAAAGAUGCUCGGCAGUGAGGUGGUGUUUGAGAAGGCGUACUGCGAGUACCGGCUGAACCGAGUGGAAAACGCCCUGAAGACCAUUGAAAAUGCUCCGGAGCAAACUGACAAGCUGAAGGAGCUCUAUGGUCAAGUGUUGUACAGACUGGAGCGCUACAACGACUGCAAGUCCGUCUACACAGAUCUGAUCAGGAACUCCCAGGAUGAGUACGAGGAGGAGAGGAAGACCAACCUGGCUGCUGUUCUGGCUGCAAUGAGUCAGUGGGAGAAGGCCCCUCUGGAAGAUCUCGGUCUCCCAGAGUCGACCUAUGAGCUGUGUUACAACACUGCCUGCGCUCUGAUUGGCCAAGGACAGCUGGUGGAGGCUUUUAAUAAGUUACAACAGGCAGAAGAGCUUUGCAGAGUCUCGCUUGCGGAUGAUUCUGAUGUAACUGAAGAGGACAUUGAGUCGGAGUUGGCCGUCAUUCAUUCUCAGAUGGCUUACAUCAUUCAGUUACAAGGUCGGACAGAUGAGGCGCUGCAGCUCUACAACCAGGUCAUCAAGCUCAAACCGUCAGACGUGGGGCUGCUCGCUGUGACUGCCAACAACAUCAUCACGAUAAACAAGGACCAAAACGUGUUCGACUCAAAGAAGAAGGUGAAACUCACCAACACUGAGGGUGUUGAGUACAAGUUGGCGAAGAAGCAGCUGCAGGCUAUCGACUUCAACAAAGCUCUGCUGGCCAUGUACACAAAUCAGGCCGACCAGUGCAGAAAGCUGUCCUCCAACCUUCAGUCUCAGAACCCAGGUCACCCUCGACCGGUCCUCAUCCAGGUCGCUCAGCUGUGCAGAGAGAAGCAGCACAGCAGAGCCAUCGAGCUGCUCCAGCAAUUCUCUGAUCAGCAUCCAGAGAGUGCAUCUGGCAUCAAACUGACAAUGGCACAACUAUAUUUAAUACAAGGUCAUGUGACUAAAGCCUGCGAUGUCCUGAGGUCCAUUGAAGAGUUCAAGCACAAAUCAGGGAUGAUUUCAGCUCUAGUAACGAUGUACUCCCAUGAAGAAGACAUCGACAGCGCUAUUGACGUCUUCAAACAAGCUAUCGAGCAUUUCCAGUCUGAACAGCCGGGAUCUGCUUCACACUUGGCUCUCGUACGAGAAGCUGCCAACUUCAAACUGAAGUACGGCCGGAAGAAAGAAGCCAUUAGUGAUCUGGAGCAGCUGUGGAAGCAGAACACCAAGGACAUCCAUACGUUGGCACAACUCAUCUCAGCGUAUUCCCUGGUGGACACGGACAAAGCCAAAUCCCUUAGCAAACACCUUCCCUCCGCCGAGGCCAUGUCUCUCAACGUGGACGUGGACGAGCUGGAAAACUCACACGGGGCCACAUAUGUCAGGAAAAAAGCCGCUAAAGUCCCGGGAGAAAAUCUUCCUAAAGAACAAGGCCAAGCUGAGAUCAAGAAGAAGAGGAAGAAGAAGAAAGGCAAACUACCCAAGAACUGCGACCCUAAAGCAACCCCCGACCUUGAGAGGUGGCUGCCCAUGAAGGAGCGCUCCAACUACAGAGGCAAGAAGAAGGGAAAGAAGAAGGAGCAGAUCGGAAAAGGCACACAGGGAGCGACGGCAGGAGCUUCAGCCGAGCUGGACGCCAGUAAGACGGCCACCAGCCCCCCCACCUCCCCCAGACCAGGGUCUGCGUCCGGCUCCACCUCAGCCGCCCCCGCCAGCAACGUGGUCCCACCGCGGCAGCAGAAGCCUGCCGCCCCGGGUGCCACUCGCAAGAAGGCCCCACAGAAGAAGAAGAAGAGCGGGAAAGGAGGCUGGUAGACGGGAGGAAGAGAGAGAGCCACGGGAUACAUCGACCUGUGUGGCCGACAAAUCACCAAGAGAUCAUAAACUCUCUUUUUUUUUAUGUUUCAACUUUCAUUUAAGUUUUGUUGUUGCCGUUCAUUUAAAUGUCUCAAACCAAAACUUCCCCUUUUAUUCUGAACGUUUAAAGGACAGCUUCUCUAAAAUGAACUUUUAGUGAAGCUGAGGUUUCCUUUAGUGAGUUUUGAUUUCUCUCAAGUUCAUGAACUUUGAGCUGAGACGAGAAUGAUUCAAUGAAAACUUCCUCAGUCACUGAAACUUCUUUUUAAAUGUCCACUGACAGGAAAGAGGCUUUAUGUGCUUUUACUUAGUGUGAGGAGACCGAGUGCAAGUUUUGGUGUGGUAGAUGGAUCUGAAUCCUACAUUACCCAUGAGCCUCUGCUUCACAGCUCGAUACAGAAGCCAUUCAGAUGUGCAAAUAAAAACUUCAAGAACUCCAACGUUUCUAAAUUAAUCCAAAUCGCCCCUGAAUAUAAAGGUAAAUCUAUUUCAUGAAGAAUUAAUGAACGCAUCAAUAUUCCUGAUGCAUCAAGAAACUUAAACCUGUCGUUCCUCCAGCUGUGCACUCGUCUCAAUGAGAACCAUCCUGUUCAUCCUGAGGUGGCUUCUGUUCAGUCACAUCUGUAACAGUAGAGAGAAGCUGGUUCUCUUCUGCAGAUCUGAGCUCCAACGUUCAGCUCAGACUGAACAGCUUCUCUCUCAGCUCCCCUCGUCAGUUUCCUCAAGUUUUCCUCCUCCUCUGGAAAAGUCUGAAAUGAAGCCGGCUCCUCCAACCAAGCUUGGAUAUUUUUUAUAGCUUUCUCCCCUUUAACAUGUUUCACAGACGCAUCUUCCACAUGUGAGGAUGCUGUUUGUAAUCACCUUCACAAUGUUGAACGUGUACAUUUUCAUCCAAUAAUUAAAACAAGAAACUGUGGAAAACAUGGAUGAGUUUAAGGACCUUUUUGGAAACCAGGUGCUUCUACGAUGUAACUUGAAGCUCUGAUUUGGGAGAAUUGUCUUUUAAUAUGUUGUGGUCGGACGUCACACUCUGCCUCAUCUCUCAAAUUGUCCCUUUACUUUCAGUCGACCAUCGACCUCUGAGCAUUGGAUGGAAUGUUAAAGAGUAUUUAUUUUUUGAAUUCCUGUGUUGGUCUUAAUUCAAGCGAGAGAAUUUUAACUCUUGAGUUUAAUUCUGUCGGAUGCAUGUUUUAGGAAAUGAGGAAAGAGACUAUUUUGGCCAAACAGGUUUCCAGUUUUGUUAAAUCUUAAUAAAACUUGACAACAGCAACACAAAA